AUGAUCAAGGCAAUCUUCUACAGCAAGUUCGAUACGCAGGAGGGUCCCAAAGUCGUUCACCAAGUCCCCGACGGAGCUAUCGUCCCCUCAACCACCGCGCCCUCGCAGCCGCUCUUCCUCACCUUUGCCGACGUGUCCUUCUUCGUGAUCCCUCGCCAAGAGCUCUGUGGCAACCUUCUACAGGUGUGCACCAACGGUUAUCGCAUCCUGGGCUAUCCGAUCUGCAUGAAAUCGCCGCGAUACGACCGCAAUGAAUUCAUCUUCAACUUCUGUCUGGUGCUGGCCGAGGAGGAGGACUUCAGCACGUACAAGAGCGUGGUUCAGAAGCUAGCCGAUUUGAUGCACGGCCUUGAGGAGCAGAGCGGAUUCUUGUCCCGCGAUUUUUCUAAAAGCGGCGAGGGCAAGGUGUACAGCCUGUGCGAGAUGUUGAUGGAGGAUCUGAACAAUUACUGCGAGUGCAUGAUCCCGAUCGAUGAUCUCAAUACGCUAAACAUCAAGCUCUUCCCUGUUUACCCGUCACCUCCCUCUGUCAAGGCCUGGCAGGUCCCUCUUUUUACAGUCCGAUAUCAAGCAUUCAUGGAUGAAAAUUGGGAUUUGACGAUGCAACGAAUUGUCCCACACAUCAAUGGCGUCAACAGCAUCCGCAUCAUAUCUGUCCUCGCGGAUACUGACUUCUCCUUAACCUGCCGCGCCAUUCGACAUCUCCUAUACUAUGGCUGUCUAUUCCUCUUGGACAUCUUUUCUUUCUCCGCCAUUUAUGCUCCGACAGCACAGUUUAGCUCCACCAUCGCCGCAGACGAGGCAAUGCAACUCGAAUGUGCACGAUAUGUAAACACCCGUUUCGCACCACACCCGCGAAUAGGGCCUUCAAUGCCACCACAGGCCCCCACUACAGCAAGCCCUGGCAGAGGUCCCGGAAGCGCGGGCCCUCUGGCAAGCCCUCUCACCGACAACGCGCCAAGCAUGUCCCACGGCGACUCGCGCUUCGAUGCCGAAGAAAUUUGGCCUCUGCUCGGGGAGCCCGAAGACAGAUACAGUCCUGAGCAUAUUGAAGCACCGAGCAGCUCAGAAGGCGAUCCACCCGCCUUAGAACAAGGCCCCGGGAUAGUCGAUGGCGUUAAGAUCGUCGAGCUAUACGCCAGCCUGAAACAAGGUCAGAGCGUCAAACAAUGGUACUCCCAGCAUAGCCGCGAGCUGGCCAAUAUUGAUAUCCGCCGCUUCAUCACCUUCGGCGUGAUCAAGGGGUUCCUAUACCGUGUUCACAAAUACGCCUGCGCAACGGGCCAGCCGGCACCAGCGCCGCGCUCCUCCACCAUACCCACCUUCACGUCUACUGGCCCAUCCUCACGCGCCACGACGGGAAAUAACACUCCCUAUGCCGCGUCCAGCGUGGGUGAUGACUCUGCUGUGCUGUCCCGGGGUGACCUGAGCCGCGAACGUGCCGGUUCACUCCAGCACGGGAGCCGCAGCGUCGUGGUGGGUUCGUCUGGCCUGUUUGAUGAUGAUAACGAUGAUCCCAUCGAUGAUCGGACACUGUCAAAAUAUCUUGAUGGGACGCAUUGUUUUGACCAAAUCUGCACUGAGCUGGAGAUCAGCGAGCGUGAGCUUACCGCUAGAUUGAAGCGGUAUCCUGGGGAGGUACUUAUUCUCCACCGGUGA